UGCCUGCGUGCGUGCGUGCGUGCUCCGUUCCGUUCUGGUAUCCGCGACGUCUGGCGUGCGCGCGCUCCAGGACGAAGAAAUCUCUCUUUCGCGAGUACUUGUUCGCCGUUCUCCGUGCCGAAGAAACUAUUCUCUAUCCACACGGGCAGGCGGAGAGAGAAAGAGAGAGAAAGAGAAGAGUCGUGAGUGGCGUGCCGCGAGUGACGAGAAGAAACGCGACGCGUGUGUGCUCGUCGGAGUUCUGAAUAAUGACUCGGCCGAGGCGCAAAGUCAUCGACUUGGGAAUACCGAGAAGAGAGAGGUGAGAGAUCUCUCUCUCUCUCUCUCUCUCGCUCGCUCACUCGCUCUCUCACAUUUUUAUUCCCUAUCUCUCUUUCUCUCUCUGUCUCUCUUCUUCGAAGACUCUUCCGCUGCUUUCGAAUAAAAGUUGAAUUUUCACACGCGCGAAAGAUCGACGGUGAUCCACACGCAGGUCGGAUCGAUUGGACCAUGAAUUCGUGGUGGUGUAGUGGGAUAUUAUGCUAAUUGGCUUUACGGUCAGGAUGCGGGAGGAAGAGCUCGAGAUAUCACUCAAGGUAAUGGGACAGCAUUAAUGGAGUCUGUACGCACGCGAGAUUAUUAAGGCUCAUUCGUGCAGUGGGAGGUGGUGAUAGUAGGCAACGGCGCCGUGGGGAAGUCGUCGAUGAUCCAGAGGUUCUGCAAAGGCACAUACACGAGGGAUUACAAGAAGACGAUCGGCGUCGACUUCCUAGAGCGUGAGAUCGAAGUCGACGGCGAGGAUGUAAGACUGAUGCUGUGGGACACCGCAGGACAGGAGGAAUUCGACGCGAUUACGGCGGCUUAUUAUCGCGGUGCUCACGCCUGUGUUCUCGCUUACUCGGCCACCGACAGGGACUCCUUCGACGCGAUUCCGUCGUGGAAGCUUAAGGUGGAGAACGAGUGCGGGGAGAUUCCCACGGUCUUGGUGCAAAAUAAAAUCGACCUCGUCGACCAAUGUGUGAUCGAUCCGGACGAAGCCGAGAGGCUCGGCCGCGCCUUAGGCUGCAAACUCCUGCGAACAUCCGUGAAGGAGGACAUCGGCGUGAUGAGCGUCUUCCGGCACUUGGCGUCGCGAUGCCUGCAUGACAUGCGCCGCUCCGACGACGACUAUCAGGACGACCUGCGACUGUACUCCGCGGAGCCCAGGUCCCCCGCAGUCAUCAGUGCGUUUAAUCCGGACGGCUCGAUGUGCGGCCGCAACGCAGGCAACGGCACGAUAAUCCUACGACCGGGCGGCAAGACGAAGAGCCACAAGAAGCGGAACUUCGUGAAGAACGCCUGUAGACUUUUGUAGCGAUUUCUCUCGCGUAACGUUACGCACGAGAAUAACGUUGCCCACGUCGUUACGCGUCGGAGGAUCGCGCGUGCCGGCGGUUUAAUACGGUGGUGCCUCUCGUACGCGUGAUAGUUGUAAAUAUACAUAGUUAGUUUUUAUUCCGUAUGCGUAAAAACGGUGAUCUUAUAGUGUCCAAUUAAAGUGUGAACCGGCCGGGUUUCCAGAAUGGACGGUCACGUGUGCCGUAUAAGAGCAAUGCGAUGUAGUGACAUCGUUCAACAUCGGGGACUCGUUAAUUUAUACGCAAAUAGAGUUAAUACGCUCGUAAUGUUAACCAAAUGGUUUGUAGAUCGUACAAGGUAAUCCAAGAGAGAGAGAGAGAGAUCAAUUAUCGCAUAUUAACUACGUGAUCGUGUGUACUCGCGACCGCGAACGGGAACGGUUGAUAGAGGAUGCGGUUUGACGCGCAGUUUGUAAAUAUCUCCCUUCUCGGUUUUCUCUUUUUCUCCUUUAAUUUUCUUAGAAAAAUACGUUUCCUCUCUUCCAACGCUCACGUCGUACAUUACAGAAUAAGUUGUACGCUAUUAAUUGUAAACGUUCACGCUACAAAUGGUAAUACUAAUAACUAUAACAAUACAAUAACACAGUUAUUUACGAAGCAGCGAGUCGAGAUCGGCUUAAGGUCCUUCAUUAUGUAAUUGCGACUGCGAAUGAAAAAGCGUCAAAACGGCCUCAGGACUUUCAAGCCGGAAUCGAAUGAAGCGAAGAUGUACCCCGAAACACGCGGAAGUUAGUAGUACAAAUCACGAUCUUAGUGCGAAACAUUAUACAGUAAGUGACUUAAAGUCUAUCAUAUGCCGUAUUUUUUAUUAUAUUUAAUUAUUACAGAACACAAUGAGUCUUUGUACAUUUUGCUAGAAACAAAAUAAAUCUCUGACAAUGAA